UCUAACCUUGUAUCAGCAACAAUCAUUACAGACAUCUACAGUGGGAGCUGUACAAGUGCUCUAACAAACAUGAAGGAAUUGGAGGCUUAAAAGAAAGGCAGACUGCAUAACAAAAUAUAAUGUUCUUAUUUUAAAGCAUUCAGUUUUGUACAUAAACUUUAAAAGGGCACAGUAAUCUGUGUAAAAAGAAGGGGAUAUAUUGGUUAGGUAACGUGCUGUAUUUGAGACAGACAAAAAGAAUGUGCUUAGACACUCUCCUGGUUUACAUUAGGUACAAGUGCCAUCAGGAGUCAGUUAAGUCUUAGCAGACAAUGAAUUCUACCAAAAAUUCCUAGUUUUCCUUUCAUUGUGAAAAAGUAAUUGGUUGCCAACUGUUUGCACUUCCCACACAUAGCUGCAAUAAAAUUCAAACUUGAGGAAACCUAGUUAGACCUACCCACUUGUUGUGAAAGUAACAUCGUUCUGGAUAUUUAUAAUCAGGUAACAGCCUGCUCCAGUGUCUGACAACACCUACAAUUGAGUGACAUAAAGCUGAUUGCAGCUUGGCGCCCUCUUCUCCGUCUCCUGCUUAUAUAUAUAUAGACUCCCAGAGAGCUGUUCAUUUCUGUCCGUAAUCUGGUGGCCAUAUAUAAAACGUUAUUUGUCUACGGAUGCUUGGAUGAUAUAGUCAUGUCUGUAUAAGCAUUGUUAAAGUUCCUGCCACAGUAAUCGAAGAAUGAAAAAUACUAGUCACAAUUUUCUGUAGUAUCAAUGCCACGCUUUGUAUGCAUCGAAUUUCCAAGGCCUGCACUUGAGUUUGCGUGUUGCGUCUUUUCGCCUCGUGAAGCCAACUCUCAAUGUUCCCCUGACCAAACAGACACGAAUAACUGCGUCUAUCAUACUUAAGUGGAUGUGAUGUUGCCAGCUUAGAUACGCUAUCGGUUUGAUAAGUUUAAUCCAGACAAAGCUCCUAUUAAUAGACAUGGAGGGGGUUAGCAUCCACAGCAGACGAAUCACAAGGGACAUGAUGAACUUUACAAAGCGAAACUGGCGACUGCGUUGUGCUGCAAAGACUUGGCUUCAGUUUGAAUUUAAUGACCCACAUCACCGCGACUCCACGCACCAAGCUUUCAAUAACUUGACGCGUCGGUGACUGCUUCGGGGAACUCCCCCCCUCUAGGCCACAACAAGGUGUUACCUGCCAUUUGGGUCUGACUUUACCUGGCCCGGCGUCCUUUUUCAGGCGUCUCAUGGGACUAAAGCGACAGUCAGCUAGCGUGGGGAUUAUUUUUUCCCCAACCAUCACGCAACCAUUACAUUUGGAAACGCUUCAAAUUCCGGUGUUGUGGUGCGGCUGAAGCAGGAUUCCGUGGACGCUGGCUACAGUUUCCCUUCAAAAGGCAUUGAGGGUACAAACAGAGAGGAUACAUCUUUGAUACAAGGUGACAAAGGGAAGGGGGAGGGCUAAGCCGUCCUCUUAGGACAGUGGCCAUCUAUCAGACUAUAUGAUAAGAGCAACUCGCAUCAACAUCCCACUUGACCACUGCACUGCUUGGGAUCGAGUCUUAUUGUGGUGGCUUUUCGUGGAAAAAUUUACCUGAGCUCGGCUCAUGUCUUCGCAGUCAUAAUGAGCUGCUGCGACAAGCACCUCUUGAAAACUUCCCUACCCAGAUACAAAUAUCCAGAGCUUGUAUGGAAAGAUAUUUCAACAGCUCAAAGACAGUUUACUGACCUUUAUCCAUCAGAGAAAACAUUUGUUUUCAAUGAUGGAACAAAACAGAAUCUAGUGCAGUUUGAAGGAACCAUUCCAGUACCUUAUAAAGGCAAUGUGUACAACAUCCCAGUACAGCUGUGGCUGCUGGACUCACAUCCCUAUGACCCACCAAUGGUGUACGUGCGGCCUACCAGCACCAUGAACAUUCGAGCAGGCCGCUAUGUGGACAUGAAUGGUAAAGUUGACAUGCCCUUCCUGCAGCAAUGGAAAUGGCCCGACUCAGAUCUGCUGGGGCUAAUUCAAAUCCUGAUUGUCAUAUUUGGUGAAGAGUGUCCCUUGUUUUCUAAAGUAAUCCGACCUCAGGUACAAACAACUCAGCCAAAUCCAAGGUCAAGCUAUGGAACAUUGACUUCACCAAGGGAGAUAAACAUGCUAACAGAAGACAAUACAACCAUCAUGACAGCUGUCAAGGUCAAGAGAAAUGAGAAACUUACGGAAGUUUUCUCUGAGAUGAAAGCUGAGAUGAGUGCUCUAAAGAUUAGUGAUACAGACCUUUCAGGCAGCAAUGUAACUCAAGAUCAACUUAUGAAGGAUUUAUUGCAUGCAAAUUACAAAAACCCUGACCUUGCAAGCAGAGAUGUUGUUCAUGCACUUCACCAUUACAGGGACCUUAGACCUUCGUUACAACAAUUUUAUUUUAAUGAUGGGACAAAACAGCAACUCCUACAGCUUUCUGGAACAAUUCCUGGUACUAUAUAAAGGAAAGAGCUACAACAUCCCCAUCCAGUUGUGGAUAUUGGAUUCUCAUCCACACAGCUCACCAAUGGUGUUCGUGAGACCAACCAACAACAUGCAGCUAAAGGCAACUAAGUUUGUUGACGCAAAUGGCAAAAUUGAUGUACCUUUCCUCCAAGAAUGGAGAGGGCCUACAUUGGACCUGACGAAAUUUAUUCAGGAACUGAUUGUCAUAUUUGAGGAACAGUGUCCUGUGUUUUCUAAGGCUGUUCAUUAAUUAUCUACAUGCAGUUUUAGAAGACAAACUUGAAAACAGUGCAACAGUCUGUCACACAUACUGCCUGUCAAGAACUGGUUGCACUACACACCGCUUCUGACUUGGGAGGAGCUUCCCUUGUUGAUGUGCAAUGGCCACUGGCUCAUAGAUAUCAUAGUGCACACAUUUUGAUGAACAAGCAUAAUAGCAGUUGAUCCAUUGACUGCUGAUGCAAUACUAUUGAAAAUGGCUUGCACAAUCAACAAAUACUUAUCUGGCAGUUUGGAUGGCUGGGUAAUAAAAAACAUAUAAUGAGCAGAAAUGCAAUGUAUGAUCUCUAAAAAAAUCUGUAUAUACAGUACUACUACAUGUAUGUUUUUUGUUUUAUGCUGAAAUAAAUUAUGUGAUUGUAACAGAGUU